AUGUCCAGUUCCAAACAUGUGGCAGACAGUUACAAGCAAAUCUCGCUUGUUCAAAGAGGGAAAGGAAAAGAACUGAUCGAUGAAAUAGAGAUACAUCGGGGAGAUGUGAUCUUAGAAUUAGGCUGCGGUACAGGAGAAUUGUCUGCGUAUCUGGCCGAGCUUGUAGGAGAAGAUGGAAGAGUCGUUGCCGUUGAUCCCGACAUUUAUCGACUAGAGGUGGCUCGAGAAUCACACAGCGAAGUGAAAAAUCUCGCAUUUCGCGAAGGCAGCUCGGCAGACUUCGCAGGAAUGGGCUCAGAGACUUACAACCUGGUCUUCUGCAACUUUGUGUUUCAUUGGAUUCAGGAUAAAGAAGAAGCUUUCAAGAAUAUGUUUUGUAGCCUGAAACCAGCGGGAAAAAUUGUGCUGUCUUACGGCGAUCGCUUUCCUUCUUUCUACGAUAAAAUUUAUCGUGAACUUCAAAACUCUGAAAGCAAGGAACGUAUGCUAAACAAACGUUUUUACGAAAGGAAGACAAAGAUUGAAGAGAUGUGUUCGGCCGCGGGAUUUGACAUCGUGAAAAGUGUUGACAUUAAGAUGGAGGAUUUUGAGUUUGAAAAUGUUGAAAGCAUGUGCUCGUUUGUCUGGGCAACUAACCAAGGCAGGUUUGAUCGAGAGCUAGUCACGAAAGACAAGAUAGCAAAUUUUUGUGCUCGUUACACAAGCGGGGAAAAUUCUAAACCGUUUACGGUGUUUACCGAUGAAGGAGAUAAUUACUGUGUAUUGAUCGCAGUUAAACCCCCCCCAGCAAUGACUUGA